ACCCACGGUCGAAGCAACGGAAGGACAAAGGCUGCUUGGAAGCCAGAAGAAGCAGUAGAAGAAGAACGAAUCAGAGAGCGAUAUUAGAGAUGGAGAGAAUGAGCCAUUAAAGAAGCAAGAAGAGAAUUUUGUUCUCAAUCCGUUCUCUGUUGGCUGCAAGUGUUCUCUUCUCCGAUUUGUUCGCUAACUGCUCCUCCUGCCUGCUUGAGAUAGAUGCCGGGAAGGAAGGAAAUGAAGUAUUUUUAUACUUGUUUUUGGAUAAAGCAAAGAUUAUCCCUUGAAGAAAAGGAACGUAGAUUUGGGUUUGGAUCAUCAAUCUCGAUUUCCUCAGAUCAGCAGACUUAGUUUCCUCAGUGCCCCAUCUCAAUAGAGAUGUUGGUUGGGCAGUCCUGCUUAAUCUCGAGGGCAUUGCCGAGCUCCUGCGAACAAGAAUCCAAGUGGUCAUACAUGACCAACCAUCUCAUCGAUAGAACUAACAAUACAAAUUCGCAUGAUGCAGUCUCUAGAGGUCAUUCCGAGGUUAUGGACAAAAAUCAACGGAGGCAGAACAAGUCACUAAAACUUACUAAUUCCUCUACCACCAAAUCUGAUUGUCGUGAAUCAGAGAACCUCAUCAGUGCUAUUGGCAGAGAUAAUUCAAUUAGUUGUCUGAUGUGGUGCUCCCGCUCUGAUUAUGGUGUCCUUGCCUCUCUCAACCAUGGAUUUCGCUCUUUGAUCAGGAGUGGAGAGCUAUACAGAAGGCGUAGAAAGAACGAAAUCACAGAGCAUUGGGUGUACUUCUCAUGCAACGUGAAUGAAUGGGAGGCCUAUGAUCCCUACCGGACACGGUGGAUUAAUUUGCCAAAGAUGCCUCCUAAUGAAUGCUUUAUGUGCUCAGACAAGGAAUCACUAGCUGUUGGCACUGAGCUCCUUGUCUUUGGAAAGGAAGUGAAUGCUCACAUUGUUCUUAGAUACAGCAUUCUUACAAACUCAUGGUCACCUGGUGUUGAAAUGAAUUCUCCUCGGUGCUUAUUUGGCUCUGCAAGUACUGGAGAUGAGGCCAUUGUUGCUGGUGGCAGUGAUGCCCUUGGUCUCAUAUUAAAUUCUGCAGAGCUGUACAAUUCCAACACACGGACAUGGACAACACUGCCUAGCUUGAACAAACCACGGAAGAUGUGCUCCGGUGUAUUCAUGGAUGGGAAGUUUUAUGUUAUUGGAGGAAUGGCUAGCAAUACUGAGUUGCUUACAUGCGGAGAGGAGUUUGAUCCUGAAAAAGGCACAUGGAAAGUUAUUCCUAAUAUGUCAUUAGGGUUGAAUGGUGCCAGUGGUGCUCCUCCGCUUGUUGCGGUGGUGAAUAAUGAACUGUAUGCUGCACAUUAUGCACAUCAGGAUUUGAGAAAGUAUGACAAGGAAAACAAUGUGUGGAUCACUUUGGGGAAGCUGCCAGAAAGGCCGGUGUCUGUGAAUGGAUGGGGGCUUGCAUUUAGGGCUUGUGGUGAGCAGCUGAUAGUCAUAGGUGGACCAAGGGCACUAGGUGGAGGAGUGAUUGAGCUCCACUCAUGGAUUCCUAAAGUUGGGGAGCCACCAAUGUGGAACAUGAUUGCAAGGAAGCAAUCUGGGAGCUUUGUUUAUAAUUGUGCAGUGAUGGGCUGCUGACUCAUUCAAUUUUUACUGCAAAUUACAAAUCUGUCAAAUUGAGAGCAAGAUUGGUGGUAUGUUUACUGGGGGGAUGAGAUGGGGAGAAUGGAAAUCUCUGCCUUUUUUUUCUUCUUGGAAAUUCAGAUUUUACUCAUGAUUCGAAAGAACAUGUUCCUUUCUCUGUAACUUCGAUGUUUUCUUUUGGGGGUUUUCCAUCCCUGUCAUCCAAUUUGUGCUCAAAGAAAAUUAUCUUCUUCCCCAUUUUCUGCUAGGGUAGGGGUUUUCGUGGUAUUUCAAUCCUGAAUCACGGUGGCGGAUUUAAUAAUUCAAUGCAGUGGAUCUUCUGUUCAACUUAUUUUGUUUUCCUUAUAACUUUUGGGUAUGAAGAAAGGCCUAAAAUUAAUUUUAUAGU